AUGGAAAUUCCUAACACAUCGUCACAACAGUCUAUUAAUUUUAUCUCAAACAAUGAACAAUAUUUAUUUUUAUUAGAAUUUUUCAUUCAUUAUCUAUCUGGGGAUAGAUUGAAAAAAAUUAAUCAAACAUGUUUGGUACCAACAAGUGUCUCAUUGCAAUUUUUAAAUCUAGAAGAAAAUGAUGCCAUCAAAAUAACACCAGUGGAUUUAAUGUUUACUCCUCGUGUGAAAGAUUCUACAAGUGAUGUCGAAAAUUUUUAUGCUGGCCAAUCUGUGUUAUUUGCAAUGCCUUACCAAUUAGUGAUAGAUAAAAAUCUUGAAUUUAAUAUUAAAUUGAAAGCAUUUAAAGAAAUGGCAAAAACAGAUUCAGAGAUAUUGAUUGGAAAUGGUGAAUUAAAUUUUACAACACAAUUUAGUAAUUUGAGAAAUGAAAUAAGUCGUUGCUGGCAGAAAGGUUCAUCUGUAUCUAAGGAUUAUGAAGGACCUAUAAACUUUUAUUAUCAAGAAGAGCUAGCAGCAACUAGUUUUAUUUUUGUAAGAGUUUCCGCAUUUGGACAGUCAAUUAUCACAGAAAUGGAAACUUUUGAUAUCGAUGAUGAUAAGAAAUCUUUUAUCUUUAAAGAUGACGAAAGUCUUGAUAAACCAUUUAUUUACAAAUUAAGGAUAAUUAGUGAAAGUCUACUAAGUGUUAAUAAUAAGUUGAACAAAUUUAAUAUAAAGAAUAAAAUGAAAUCUGGCGCCAUGUAUUAUUGUUCUCCCUGCAGAUACCCUGGCGCCAAUAUAAUUGAUCUAAUGAAUGAUACUUGUCAAGUAUUUAAAGAUGAUCUAGUGUUGAAAAAUAUUAGCAAACAUAAUCAACCAAUUCAAUCUAGUCGAGGAAAAUUUAAUCAACUUUGUGGCAAACCUGUGGUACUUAAAGUUUCCGGAGACUUAGACGAAGCAGGAAAUAUAAAUAAACCAAAAGAUGUUAUUUCAUCUGUUGAUACAGAGCAUGAUAUUUUUGUUCUUCGAGUUGGUAAAAAAGGUAUAGUGGGUGAUGGAGAAAAAUGUGAUUUUCAAAUUGAAAUGAAAACUCCUAAAGGACCUGAUCGUAGACCUCCAAUUAAAUAUGAAACGAGAGAAAUGCAAACAGAAGUUGAUGAGCCAGAUGAGAAAUUAAAAGCUAAAGGUGGUAAAAAGAAACAAAAAGGCAAAGCAAAGAAGAAGAAGAAGAAAAAGAAAAAAUAAUAUUGAUUAAUGACUGUCAAAAGAUGUCAAAUAACCAGCAUCUAUUUCUAAUAGAAUUUGUGGUUGACCAAAUUAAUGUUCCAUCUGUACGCGCUAUAAAUGAAAAUAUUUUACCUUCUGCAACCUACGUAUCUUUUCAAGUAUCUAAUCUUCACUAUUCAUGUAUUAUAAUUAAGAUAUAACCAGUACAAAAAUACAUACGUUUAUGAAUAAGAUUAAAUAACCAAAUUAUCAAUUUAUCAUUGUAGAUUUUGAAUCUGCCACUGAUUAAUAUUUAUCAAGAUGAUAAUUCAAGUAAAUGUAUCUGUUCUAAAAAUGAAACACAAAUUUUCCGUAAAGGCAAAUCAUGUUUAUUUGCACUGCCAGCAAGUGCACUAGAACAAC